UCUAUUUUUCAUUUUCUUCGUUCAUAUCCUUCAUCUCCACCAUUACCAUCAUCAAACUCUCGCCUCCGAUGCUCUGCCGGGAACCGCGUCUUCCACAACUUCGCCGCUAACCGUUUUCCGCCGUCACAACUUCGCCGCUAACCGUUUUCCGCCGUCAGAAGCUCGCCGCUAACCUUUUUCCGCCGUCAGAAGCUCGCCACCAGCUACUCACUAGACAACCACACAUCUCGCCAGAACAGCAGUCACCCACCAGUCGCUUGCCGGUCGGUUCCGUUCUCCCUUUGUUCUUCCAAUUCAUUUUAUUGAUUUCUUUGAGCCGCGUGAAUGUGCUCAGCUCUGGUGUUACUCCUUUCUGAUCAUUUGCCUUUCAACACCAAGUUCAAAUAUUGGCCUCACUUUACCACAGAGUGUGAUACAGGGACCAGAUAAAGCAAACUUUAACGUUAAGGACUAUCCGAAAAAAAAGUGUAAAGUACAAGGACCUUAGUAUGGGUUUGGCCAACAAAAAGUUGCAUAAGUUUUGAUGUAUAUGCGAUGGCUCUGCAAACAACGUCGAUGCUGUACUCAACUACUUCAAAGGCUCCGGGUUGGGUUGUAGGCAAUAUGAAGUUGAUUGGAUUGUAUUGUAAAUCCAAGAAAUUGAGCAGAAGAUUUGGGGUUUCUUCUUCCAAUUUAUCGACUGCUCAUAACAGUUUGUCACCACAACCUAAGGUUGCCAAGUAUUCAGCCAAUCAAAGUCGACAAUCGAAGUCUAAUUCCGCAGCAGAUAACAGAAAACCAGUAAAGAAGGCAGCAAAUACAGAAAAACACUUGUGGAAGAAAAGGGAUUCAGCUAGAUCUGGCCAAAAGGCGUUGACCCUUGUUCGAAUUGUCUGCGAACUACCUGAUGAGAAAGAUGCUGUUUAUGGCGCGUUAGAUAAAUGGACAGCCUGGGAGACGGAGUUUCCCUUGAUUGCUGUGGCUAAAGCCUUAAGAAUAUUGAGGAAGCACCGUCAGUGGAAGCGUGUAAUUCAAGUCGCAAAAUGGAUGUUGAGUAAAGGUCAAGGAACAACCAUGGGGACGUAUGACUUGCUUCUAUUGGCGUUUGAUAUGGACAGCAGGGUAGACGAAGCUGCAUCAUUGUGGAACAUGAUUCUGCACACACAUGCGCGUUCUAUCUCAAAGUGGUUAUUUUCAAGGAUGAUAUCUCUCUACGAUCAUCAUCACAUGCCAGAAGAGGUGAUCGAGAUCUUUGCGGAUAUGGAAGAAUUGGGUGUGAGACCAGAUGAAGACACUGUCAAAAGAGUAGCUGGUGCCUUUAAGGAAUUAGGCCAAGAAGGCAAGCAAAAGUUGUUUCUGAAAAAAUACAUGCAUCGAUGGAAGUACAUUCACUUUAAUGGUGAAAGAGUUAGAGUGAGAAGAAACAUACCAGAUGAAAGAAACCUCGGCUAAGUUGUCGAGCUGUUUGAUUUUAAGUUACAGACGGAAAAUUGUUUGACAACAUUAGCGGUUAAAAUGAAGGCGCACAAGCGGUAACGACAAUUUACUUUGGGGCAGGGGCAAAUGGUGUACCAUAUAACCUAUUUGUGUUCCAUUCAUGUCCAGGUUGGUAAAAAGAUUGGAGCUUCAGCUAAUACAGUACUGCUGUAUCUUCUAGCCAUUGCUUGAAGCUCAAUUUUCUUUGCAGCCAAAAAGUCACCACUUGACUGAAAUUUUGUUAUGGCUUGUAAGUUGGAAUUGAUAAGCUUAGAACCAGUUGAUGGUGGGAGAAUAGUAAGGUGGGCAUGUGAGUUACUGUAUAUAAGUCCAUUAGAUGACUGUAUGGCAAAACAUUUAGUGAAAGAAAGGGAAUUCAAUUUGGAUUUGAUCUAAA